AUGGAAAAUAGUAAUAUGAAUGAUAAAUAUUAGAUAGCAUAAAAUGGAUAUUCAGAGAACUUUGAAGCAAAUUAAUUGUUUAUAAAGGAUAAUUUACUAUAUUAUAAAGUGAGCCUAAAUGAUCUUGAAGUUGGAAUAUUAUCAACUGAUCUGGCUAUAAAAUUAGGAGAUAACAUCAAUGAAAGUAAUACUUUUAAAUGGGAUAAUAAUGUAUAUUAGUUGUGA